AUGGAGUUGUUUCUGCAGUUCUUUAGAUUGCCUCUUAUGGCACGGACCGGAGUAGUGUUUUUGAAGUUUACCGCCGAGAUGCCAUACACAGAUCUGUUGCUACUUUCUCGAUUUCUUCCAAUGGAGAUGUUUGUCUGUUGGUUGACUCUGUUAAGUGUAAAUGUAUUUUUUGUCAAAGCGAAAAUGUUGAAGAAUGAAUCUCCAAGGAUUUUUAUGGCAGGAGAUGUCAUGUUAGCUGGUCUGGCGCCGAUUCAUUAUCCUCAGGGCACAAGAGAAGAGGAUCCGGAGCAGAACUCACACGGAAAGUUCUCUCAUCAUUGCGGGGGACCGUUCAACUUCCGUGGCAUUCAGCAUGCUGAAGCUAUUCUCUAUGCCUUGGAUCAAAUCAACAAAAACAAAACCCUACUGCCGGGAAUCCUCCUGGGUGUCGACAUUAAAGACACUUGCAACAGCGUUGAUCAUACGAUUCAAGAAUCUUUACAGUUCGGUUUUAUCCGUGCAGCGUAUAUGCGCGCGGAACUUGACAAUAUUCGAGCCUGUGGAUUGACGCUUAACGCCUCCAUGCUGAAAACGUCUCCAGAUAAAGGCGUUGCUCUUGUAGGAGCUGCUUACAGUGGAAUCACAAUCGCUGUGGCAAAUCUAGCAGGACUAUUCCACGUUCCGGUCGUUAGUUACGCUUCUACCAGUCGGCUUCUAAGCGACCGCAAACGAUUCAAGAACUUUUUACGCACUGUUCCGUCUGACACGCGUCAAGCUCAAGCCAUGGUUGACAUCAUUCGCAAAUUGGAUUGGAACUUUGUCUCGACUGUUGCCUCAGAUACGGAGUACGGACGCUCGGGAAUCGAUGCUUUUAAGCAACUGAUCGGGAGCAGUCAAAACUAUUCUCGCAUUUGUAUUGCAGUCGACGAAGUCUUCACCGUGCGAACACCUAAGGCGAAAGUGCGCGAAAUUAUGUCGAAAAUUCGCGAACAUCCCGAAGCGAAAGUCAUCGUGCUUUUCGCCGAACUGAAUGAUGCAGACUAUUUCAUUAACGUGGCUCGGGAGGAAAACAUGGCUGGUUACAUAUGGAUUGGUUCUGACGCAUUCGCUCGAUCUUAUUCAGUUUUGCGCAACAACAAAGAAAUCUUAAAAUACUGGAUCAACAUAGAACCCAACUCGAAAGUUUACGAGCCUUUCAGAGAUUAUUUUGAGAACAUCACUCAAGAACGCCUGAAUCGGAACCCCUGGUUGAGGACUUACCAACGGUAUGUUAAGAAACUGUUAAAUUCUACUGAACCUAUAGAUUAUUCUUCAUAUACGACUACUGCAAUAGACGCGGUGUAUGCUGUGGCGUAUGGCUUGCAUAACAUGUAUCGCUGUUCUGACAAAGCUUGUCUUAUCCACGUCUCGAAUACCAUACAGUCUGAAGUAUACGACUUCAUCAAGAACUCUUCCUUUGUAUCGCCUACUGGUCAGCGGGUGUCAUUUGACGAUAGUGGAAGCGCGAAAGCUUACUACAAUAUAAUUUUUCUUAACAAACGCGGCGGGAAAUUCUUUUUUGACAUUCUUGGGAGUUGGUACUUAGGAGAGAGAUUUAAAUUUUGCUCUUCGUUCCAGCUCUAUCGACAUCCUUUCAGUGAUUUUCAGUCCUUUGCAAGGUGUAGUCCGAGAUGUAGACCUGGGCAUUGGAAAGAACCGAAGAAACACUACCCGGAAUGCUGUUGGAACUGCCUUCGUUGUGAUGGCAACAGAAUCAGCAACCAAUCAGAAGCGACGGCGUGUGUAGGUUGCCCGGAUGGAAUGACAGCCAAUAGUGGUAAGUCCUAUUGCAUCAUAAUUCCCUCGAAAGAGAUAUUUCGCACCACGCCCGGCAUGGUAGUAGCUUGUGUCAGUGGAGUGGGCCUAAGUGCUGUUUUGGUAACCUUUGUGUCAAUGUUUAAACAAAGGGAUACACCUGUUGUGAAGGCUUCUAGCCGAGGAAUUUCUUACGUGCUUCUGUUUGGUUUAGCAUGGUGCUACGCCCUUCCCAUCCAGUUCAUAUUGCAACCGACACCCCUGUUGUGCCAAAUUCGCCCGUUUUUAAUCAGCACAGGAGUAGCUUUGGUGAUUGGCGCUCUCUUGGCGAAGACCAAUCGUAUCGCGCGGAUUUUCAGCUUGAAAACCAUGCGCACUGGCAAGGCUUACUUCCUGAGCAAUAAGUGGCAGCUUCUCUUUGUACUGUUGUGUGUUGUGGUUGAGAACUGCAUUGCAGCCACUUGGAUCAUCAUCUCGCCGCAAAAAUCCGUGAGAGUCACUUACGGAAGCUACCAAGUCGUGCUGGAGUGCAUGGGGGAGUCACUAGAGGGCGUGACGAUAUGGGCGGCAUUCAACGCUGCCCUGAUUCUUCUUUGUACAUACCAAGCUUUUCUAGUACGAAAAGUUCCCGCAAAUUACAACGAAGCCAAGUUCAUCGCCUUCAGCAUGGUCACCGUGUGUAUAAGCGGAGCGGUUUUCAUUCCAACAGCUUUAGGCACAAAGGGACUUCACAGAACAAUUACGACUUGUUUUCUUUUCAUACUUUGCUGCACUGUAGGUCUUGUUUGCCUUUUUGGACCUAAGUUGUACAUAAUUAUCUUCCGCCCUGAGAAAAACCAACCAUACGAGCCCAAACCUGAACCAAAGCCUAUCGGAGUUCUUCGACCACAAUACGUCCGUUCCAUUUCUUCUCUAAGUACGCUGACUAUGACGAACUCAUUGGAAAGUUUGGACAACCCACAGCUAACGAAUUUUCAUCACUCAGAGGCUCUUGCUAGUGGACUUCAAUAGCUGGCCUUUUUCUCGUAAUCUGAUAGUGUGUCGAGACUUUUAAUAAUUUAAAAGGACGUUUCACAUCGUCAAUCUGAUGUCUUACUUUAAGUCAAUCGCUUCUAAGUGCUUAAUUUCUUGUAUUCGUGUGGGGCUCUUGACAUCUGUUGAGACUUUUAAAUGAAUCAUAGUUUGAUUCUGCAAUCAAAACUUCCGCGAGGAAAUUACGUUAGACAUCCGUCAAUCCCGUACUGGUGCUGAUGUACAAUGGACGCAUUUAGGAAAACUACGCAAGGGGUUCAAUUUCUCAUCACUGUUUCCCCUUCACCACCAUGGAAUGGGUUCAGUUUGUUUUCCUCGUCACUUUAGUGUUUGAGCGUGGACAUGUUUGAAAAUCAGCAAGAAAAGAGGUCAUAACACAAGGUAAUGACUCGCUAGGUUAAAAAAAAAAAUAAAAGAGACACUGAGAGCUCUUAGAAUGGGUGUUUCGGCCGUAAGAGUAAGCUACAUAACCACUGACAAUCAUCUCGAAUGUAAGUUGGCAAGACACCUUUAAAACUGGUCACAAGGGUAAAGUUUCCUUAGCCCUUUAACCCCUGAAAGUGACUUGCAUCUUAU